GUUUUUCCAGGUCGCCGGUCAGUAGGGGCGACCGGUCCCGGAUCAGGGUCCCAGCGAGCAGAGCUGGGAAGAUGGCCGACUGCGCCUGCGCGGAAGCGGGAGCGUCGGUUGCCAGGGAACCGCGCGGCCACGUAGCCGCCAUUGCUGGACCCAGGCCACAAACCGACAGACGGACGUGAAGGGUUGCGGCCACCAAAAGAGCUAACUUCUAUCUCCCAGGAUGGAAGAAGACGCUGGCCUGUUCCCCAGCAAGGAGCUCAUGGGCAGCACCGUGGAGGAUGAAGCAGAUCAAUUAGAGGAUCCUGAGUUCGAGGUGAAAUGUGGUCCUCUGGGACUGGAGAACGCCGCUACCCCCGUCCACUCUUGCCCCGGGGAGGAAAGAGGCAGCGAUGCCAAGAGAGUGAAGGCGCCAACCGCGGCCAGAGAUAGAGUGUGGGCGUCCCAGCUGCGCAGGAGCCUGGACCUCCUGGCCAGGGUGCACGAGGAGAAUGACCUCUUCCUCCAGAAGUCCAGGGGGGAGCUGUGUGCCUGUCGCCACAGGAUGGACCUCCUGAGCAAGCAGCAGGCGAACGUAGCCGCCGAGGUCGCCCGGGAGAGAGAGUCCAGCAACAUGGCAGCCGUGGGCCGUCUGCAGGCCGCAUCCCGACGCCUGCAGCUGGAGCUGGAAGGCGAGCGCAACCUGCAGUGGAGCAUUGCAGCCGAGCUGCAGCAGAGCGAGAGCGCCAUGUGGCACCUUGAGAUCAAGAAGGGGCAGCUGGAGAACAUCUGGAAAUCUAACCAUGAGGAGGCAGAGGCCAGGGACCAGUGCCUCCAGGUACACGCGGCCCAGCAGCUCCACAGGGAGGAGGAAGCCUCAGGGAAGGCGGAGAGGAACCAGCGGCUUCGGAUUCGGAAAUCCAUGCGCACGCAGAGGGAGCUGGGGCUCAGGCACCAGAAGCUGGUGGAAGAUGCCCAGAAGAACCACCGUGUGGCGGUGAAGUUCCUGAAGGCCUCCCUGGGCCGGGUUCGGGAGCGGGAGCAAAAGGCGGAGCUGGAGUCCCGAGAGCACCUGCAACAACGCAUGGCGGCUGUGCUGGCGCUGAAGAACAGCAUCACCGCCAACCGGGAGAUGCUGCGGAAGUUUCAGGCCUGGGAUCGGGCCAGGGCAGAGCAGACGGAGCAGCAGGCCCAGACUGAGCAGCAGGAGGUCCUGGCCCAGGGCCAGGACGCCUUCAAGCACCUUGUCCACCAGCGCAGGCGCCAGGAGCUGGAGGCGCAGAGGCGGGCCUUCGAGGAGGAGCAGAAGCUGCGGAAGCAGGAGAUCGUGAGUCGGAUCCUGAAGGAGGAGGCCCAGGAGCGAAGCCACAGGAAGAGACAGAGGCCCCCCGCCAAGGCCGCUGCACUGCGGACGCUGCGGGACCGGACCUGGAGCUACAUAUCCACUUUCUGUGAAGGGAAGGCAUCCCCCACAGCUGCAGGACACUCACUGGACAGCAAGGCAGCGAUAGACCCCAUGUCCCUGCUGCUAUUCAAAGUCUCCAGUGAAUCCAUGCAGAUGGCUCCUGGGACCACCAGCCCAGAGGAGGAGACGCUGGCCAAGCCAGAGAUCCCCGGGCUGUGGAGUGAGGAUCUCGGGCAGUCCCAGGGGCCCAAGGAGGAUGUGGACCGGAAGCCCGUGGGCGGGACAAAGAUGGACAAGGACAUCCUGGCCCGCAGGCUGGAGCAGCUUCGCAGCAGGGUGGUCCACAAGCAGGUGGCGUCCGGCCGGGAGUUCAAGGGCCGCCCCUUCAACAGCAAGCCCGAGUGUGUCCACUUCAAGGCAGCCCCGGGGGCCAGUCACAAGGACUUUGAUGUCGGCAAAGUGUACAAGAAGAAAAUCACCCUGAUCAAUGCCACCUACACACUCAACUACUGCAAGCUGGUGGGCGUGGAGCAGCACCUGCAGGACUUCAUCCGCGUGGACUUUGACCCUCCUGGCCCCUUGUCCGCCGGGAUGUCCUGCGAGGUGCUGGUCACCUUCAAGCCGAUGAUAAACAGAGAUCUGGAGGGGCACAUCUCCUUUUUGGCUCAGACAGGAGGGUUUUCUGUCCCUCUGAAAUGUUCAACAAAGAAGUGCUCUCUCUCCCUGGACAAGAAGCUCAUCAGCUUUGGCAGUUACGUGGUAGGAGAGACCGCAUCCCGCACCAUCACGCUGACCAACACCGGCGGCCUGGGCACCGGGUUCCAGAUCCUCCCAGCCUCCGAGUCCAGCAAGCCUGGUGAACCCCAGUCCGUCUUGAAGCUGAGCAGCCUGUUCACCUACGAGGACAGGAAUCUCUACGAGAGGCCUAUGGCCGGCGGCGUCUCUGAGUCGAUGCUGGAGGCUAGCACUUCCUCCCCGCCUGACACCCAGAGCCAGAAGGAGUCACUGCCGUCGGAACUCGAGGGUGCACCCACGGCCAGCGGCGUGAUGGCGACCCCCAUCGAGGCCCAGGCGGAGAUCACUCUGGGCGAGGUGACCGAGGGGGACAUUGGGCCCUUCAGCUCUGUCAGAGUCCCGGUCGUCUUCACGCCCACCGUCCCAGGUGAGGUCCAUGCCGACUUCCAAGUGGUGUUCAAGAAUCCACAGUGCCAUACGCUGUAUUUCAGAGCCACAGGUGUGGCGGUGGAUGUGCCAGUGUGGGUGCCCAAGCCCAACGUGGACCUCAAGAUCUGCAUGUACGACCGUCUGUACCAGGACUCUGUGCUCGUGCACACACGGUCGAAGGUGUCCCAGCGCCUGAGGUUCGAGGUGUGCAAAGAGCUCAGAGGCCACCUGGAGCUGCUGCCUGAAAUGGGCUACAUCCAGGCCCAGGCGUCUUGUUCCGUCCAGCUCAAGUUCCUGCCCCGACAGUCCCUGCCAGAGGAUGCUGGGAAGUAUUUUGACAAGGACAGCCAUGUGUUGGAGGCCCCAAUGACAAUCUGGGUGGCCAACCAGACCAAGCCGGUGGGGUUUACCGUGCACGCCAUCGUCACCACCUCAGACCUGGAGCUCCGCCCCUCCAUGGUGGACUUCGGCCACUGCACUGUCUACGAGGCCAUCAGGACCAGCAUCAGUCUGUGCAACCACUCACUGCUGCCCCAGGAGUUUGGGUUCGUGGGGCUCCCCAAGUUCAUAGACAUCCAACCCAACGAUGGCUUCGGGACCAUCCUGCCACUGGAGACGUUGCAGCUGGAUGUGCUCUUCCAGCCCACCAAGGCCAAGGAGUACAGCUUCCAGCUGGUCUGCAAGUCCGAGAUAAACCGGUGCUUCAAGCUGUCCUGCCGAGCCGUGGGCGUCCAGCCGCCCCUGGAGCUGUCCCACUACCAGAUCAAGUUUGCGGCCACUGCAUUGUAUGACACUUCAGUGGCUUCACUGUAUGUCACCAACUCCCACCUGACCACAAGCUCCCUGCCCCGUGUGGUCGGCUCUGGGGACCUCUGCCCAGUGGGACCAACAUCUUUCGAGUUCUUGCUGCCUCCAGAUGCACCCAUCACCAUCUCCCCCUCAGUGGGAACUGUGCUGCCUGGAAAGAGGUGCUUGGUCCGGGUGGCCUUCCAGCCCACACUGCCCCACCAGCUGGUCAUUCAGGAAGCCCUUGAGACUGUCGACAGAGAAACUCAGUCCACGCCGCUGCAGAAGGACGUGGCCACCCAGAGGAAGGACGUGAGGGCCCAGGACUGGCCGGGCCAGGCCCCUGCACAUCAGAAGCAGGAGCUGGAAGUCAGAGACGACGAGUACCAGGCUGCCCGGGCCACUGUGGCCAGAACGUUCCAGGGGCGGUUUGACAAAUUUGUGGUGCCCUGCGUGGUUGCCAGCGGCGAUGUCAGAGACAGGAAUGGGCUGGAACCCUUGAGCUUCAGCCCCCACAACACGCUGUACCUGGAGCUAUGGUGCCCCGCAGUGGCUCCAGCUGUCGUGGUGACCUCAGACAAAGGCAAAACUGUCAUCAACUUUGGUGACAUUGCUGUUGGACACUGCAGCAUCAAGAAGGUCUCCCUCCAGAACACCUGCCCCGAGGACCUGGCCCUGGACUUCUCCGUGCUGAGCCCCAGAGGCCCCUUCUUCCUGGUGAACACCCCCAGCAAGCUGCUUGCUGGCAAGACACGGGUCCUGGUGCUGUCCUUCUCACCCCAGGAGAGUGUCCUGUCUCAGGAAAUGCUGGAGAUCAUCACCAAGAGAGGCACCCUCACCCUCACCCUGGUGGGCACCGGCGUGGCGUCUGUGAUCACGUGCUCCCUUGACAGCAACAUCCUUGACAUGGGCUACGUGCUGGCCAGAGAAUCGGUCUCUACAGGCUUCAAGCUGCAGAACGACUCCUCACUGCCCAUCAAGUUCUCUGUGCAGCUCCACAGUCUCUCAAGCUCCAGGGCCUCUGACCGACAGGAGCUGCCACAGUUCCUCAUCUCCCAGCCACGGAGGACAGACAUCGUGGGCACACAGAAUCUCAGUGGCCAGAGUGUGUUCAGUGUGGUCCCAGUCACCGGCAUCCUGGACCCUGGGAAGGCACAGGACUUCACCGUGACCUUCAGCCCCGACCACGAGAGCCUGUACUUCUCUGACCGGCUCCAGGUUGUACUCUUCGAAAAGAAAGUCUCUCAUGAGAUCCAGCUGAAGGGAGCUGCCCGAGAGCACAUGAUGUUCGUGGAGGGCGGGGACCCCCUGGACGUGCCCGUGGAGUCGUUGAUGGUGAUCCCUGCCUCCGACCCCGAGCACAGAGAGGAGGCUGAGGAGCUGAAGCCUAUCCUGUUGACCCUCAACUACGUCCAGCUGGAUGCAGACCAGCAAGGCCCACCCGCCACCAGGGAGCUGCAAGUGGGCUGCAUCCGGACCACGCAGCCGUCUCCAAAGAAGUCCACAGGCCCCAGUGCCACUGCCUGCAGACCGUGGAGUUCAGCCUGGACGGUGUCACAUGGCUGCAGCACAAGGGCUUCUCCAUCGAGCCUGCCAGGGGUUCCGUGGACCGAGGCCAGACCAAGACCAUCAGUGUCUCCUGGGUGCCGCCUGUCGACUUUGGCGUAGCCAGACCAGCCGCUCAUGGUGUCCACCCUGCUGCAGCUCAAGGGCGAUGUGAAGGAGAACUAUAAAGUCAUCUUUGUGGCCCACGUGGUGACGGGCCUCUAGGACCACAUGAGUGUCUCCCCCCACCCCUAGGCCAGACCAAGCCCUAGGGGCAGGACCUGGGCCCCUCUGCUGGAUGAGUUCAAAUGGGCAGGUCUUAGGCUCCCUGUCCCACAAACAUGGCUACUUCCUGCAGCCCUGGACCCAGCCAGCUCUGCCCAAGAGCACCCCCUCCCCGAUCCCAGUCCAGCCACAGCCUACUGGUGAUCGGGAUAGAGAAGAGCUACAGGUCACCAGGACCCAGCAAACGGGAGGGCGCAGGAGAGCUGCCCCAUGAGCUUACAAUAAACACACUGCGAGCCAUGUG